AUGGCACGGACUCGUACCGCUGAUGAUGGCGCAAAGAAGCGAAUAGGGCGGCCACCUGGAAGUCGCAACAGUGGUGCAUCCACGAGUCGAGUCGCAAAGCCUGUGGGAGCACCAAAGCACAGCAAGACCAACAGCAAGAAGCAGCAAGGGAGGAAAUCUCAACGCAAUGACGAAGAGGAUGAACUCUCUGUACUUGCGCCAACCCAAACGCAAUCCUCGCGGUCAUCCCAAACUCGAAAACGCACCAACUCCGAAGUAGACGAGAUCGUCGAAGAGCCCACAAAAGUGCAGAAGAGAUACGUGCAGCUGGAACAGAGAACAAAAAGGAUAUCACAGGAUAUAAUUGAGACAUGGCCACACCUGCCCCAGCAUGUCUUAGUGCAGAUCAGUGCGGUGAUCAAGGACUCAAAGAAAGACAUUGCCAACACACAACGAGACGAGCGCAAGGUUAUGGCCGCGCACAACUCCCUGAAUCCGCUCGUGAAGAGACUGAUGCGCCAUAUCUCUACCUCGAGGAUACCACCGCAGGCUAGGGACACCCACUUCAACAUCGAUAAGCUUACAGAGCGCAACGGUCAGGUCUUCCGAGAGGUGACGACCGCUCGCCACUCAAAGCAGCUCCUCAGCGAGCAGGUCAGAAUCACGCAAAAUCUUUUGACUAAAGAUGAGAAGGAUCUGGAUAGGGUCAAGAAUGAUGCAAGGAAAUGGAAAAACGAGUGGAAGCAUCAGCAGAAAAAUGGACGGGUCCAUCCUCUCCUCAGCGACAACGAAGAUGUGUCCAUCGAUGGUGACGGUCCGGACGACAUCCGCCUGAGAGCUGCUGAUGCUGCAGACACCUCUGUUCUCGAUGCGCCCGCCGCUGAGCUUGCAUCUAUUCUUGAACAACUUCGACGUAGUCUAGAGAAUAUGCAGGGUAAUCAUGGGCAGGUUGAGGGCGUUGACGAGGCAAUGACACAUGCCCAGACGGCACUGGACGAUGUGCUUUUCAGACAUGCGAGUGCACAGCAGUAUGAUGCGCUGUGAGCUAUCGAAUGCAGGUCCACUCGACAUUUGGGGCGUUUCAGGAGUUUCGACAGGCAAGCCGUAGUAUGCGCAGAGGCUAUGUGCGCGAUGCGGUGAACAUGCAGCCAUGUUGUUUACCAGGAUGUAUCAAGGCGUUUGUGGGAUUGGCGCUCUGUCUAAUACUCUGGGAACGAGCUCUGUACGACAGGGACGGUCCGCGGCCACCAUUUGGCUUCACACGCAUCAUGGCUACAGCGUGAUGGAAGAAGCGGAGUCGGCACGUUGCUAUCCACGUAUCAGAUAUAGCAAUGAUAGAACCAGCGCAAUGGUCGCCGGAAGGGUUGCAUGUCGACUGCAUAUCUA